GGGUAGUUUGCCUGUCGUCGCUAGGCCUGCAAGUGAUUGAAAGAGGGACAGCUGUGUUGUUUUCUACCGAACGCCAAACGGAGAAGACACGAUUGGAAUAUGAAGACGAAACCGGGCCUCGGCAUGUGGGCCUUUGUUUUAGUUGCCCUGGUGGUAGUAAUCGAACAAGCCGCUGCCCAGGGUGGUGUCACGGCUGGAGUUUUUCUCAAACCAUUCUUGAGAGUAAACAACAAUAUGUUAAAGAGCCUGGAUGAAGCCAAGGAGGCAUGCAUGGCGUAUGGUUUGGUCAUAGCCACCGAAGACCAGGUCAAAGCAUUACCAGGACAAAACAACGGUAGUUACGUGAGGAAUGAGUGUGCUUGGAUGGCCAAUGGGAAGACCGGGUCUCUGGCAGACGGAACAACAGUGACGGAAUGUACAAUGCAGGCGACAGGCGCUAAUGUUUGGUGCAUAGCAGGUCCAGAUUACACGUGUCCUAUGGGUUGGACCUGGCUUCCUGGCUCAAUGAGUUGUUUCAAGUACACUCCAAAGGCGAAUGCAGCAGCAUUUGCAGAAGCAAAGUCAAAUUGCAGCGAUCUUGGAGGCUAUCUUGCUACCAUUGACAGCAAAGAGGAACAAACUGCUUUGGAGAAUAUGGCAGUUGACGGGCCUGCCUUCAUCGGACUUAAUGGCGACCCUGCCGUGUGGAAUGACGGAAGCAUGCGACCGGCAAAGCUACCUUCCAACGUUACAUACACCUCUACCCCCGCCUCUGCUAAAUGUGCUGGCGUCGACAAAAAUUCAACUGAUAAAUGGAUCAAGAUGGUCUGCGCCACGAAAAAUCCCUACAUUUGUGAAAUGGAUCUCGGAAAAGCUCCAAACUUUACUGUUAGUUUUGAGUCUUCCUAUGUAACCACCGGUGGGGCAUUAAGUGGAAACUGCAUGAUGAAUAUAAUUCCAGUCGUACUGAGAAACGAUCUCUCCAAGAAAUAUGCAGCUGAAAAGAAUCUUCUGUGCACUGCUAUGACUGGGGUAGACGUAUCUGGACCUUAUGUCAGUAUUUUGACGGUCAAAGUAAUAUUCCCCAACACAACUGAAGCUAUUUUGACGCAGAGAAUCAGGGUGACAUUCAUGAUUAGAAGUGACAACUACGCAAAAACGCUUGACUGUUCCCGAUAUUUAAAGGCAAAUAUCCCUGCCCCUAUGCCUAACAUAGAUGCGGGUGGAGGAUGCGCAGUGCUUAAACUCCACACAAAUCAAUACACGACAUUGGACGCUGGUGUAAGCUGUAAUACACAUAGCGCCUAUGAUAUGAAAAGGAGCUGUCUUCCCUACGAAAAAGCCUGCACUGCAUUCUCAGCUAAAGUCGAAAGUAAAGGUCUAGCCACAAACCAAUUCUUCACCGCGUAUGGACCUGACCAACCGAAUCCCAAUGAUACAUACGUGAUGACGGAGGAACGAUGCGCGGCGAUAUGCAAGAACCACAAACCCUUCAUCUGCUUGUCAUAUAGUUACGAGCUGGCGCCGAAUGCCAAACCCGUAACUGGCGUCUGUAAAAUAUCACCACAGAGAGCGUCAAUGUACAAUGCAAGUGAGCAGGUCACGGCUGCUAAUACUAGUUAUUAUGAGCGUGCUUGCCCUAUGUUUGUGGAAGCACCAGUCAGUCGAAGGGUGUCCAUAAAGCAGACCUUCAAACCAACAACCCAGCCAGAAUGCGCUAGAAGUAAUGGUGGGGCUGACCUCUUUAUCGCUGCAGCCCUCGUGCAGGAAAGCUUCAUUGCAGACACUAUUACUGCCUUGAAGGAUGCCCUUGUGAGCGGCUGUGGCUUCAUUACAGGGAUGAUUUCCGUUCAAGUCACAGGGUUUGGGAAUGUUUUAGCCAAACCAAAUGUUACGGAUGGAUCAGUCGAGAUCGACGACAGCUUCACCUUUGUACCGGCAACGCCUCUCAUUUCUGACGCACUCAUUUCGUCCUGCAUCAAUACAAUCGUAAAUAACACUAACCUAACGUCUGCGACUAAUUACUCUCUUGGACCUCUCUGCCAAAACGUAACUGCAAUGCCGAUUACUCCCAACCCGGUACUAGCGGUAUUGGCACUUGACGAUACAAGGGAUUGUACCUACACCAACAAACGCCCGUUUCCUUCGUCAGUUUAUUUCUUGAACGCUAUUUCCCAACCACCAAUGUGUCUCAAUCAAAGUCCACUUGGUUACAAGUAUGAAAAAGGACAAUGCUCCAAACUGGGCCCUACGACAGGAAUUGCUAAUGUUAAUCUACCAGCGUGUACCGCUCAGUGCGAGGCAAAGGGGGAAAACUGUACCGCCUUUGCUUGGAAUUCAACGAAUCAGCAAUGUGACAUACUAAAGGACGGAUGUGAAAUUAAGUUAGACAGUACCAUGGCUGGGAGCUACUACACAAAGGAAUCUAAGGCAUGCCUUAAUUCACAAGGUUUUACUGAUGUGUCGACGUAUGUAAAGGAAGUUGUCGCUCUGUAUAUCGGUCAACCUGGUGCUUCGAACAAAAGGAAUGAUUUAUGCAGUGACGCCAAAUACGUUGCCAUCCAAAAGGAAUUCACCAGUAACACGAGCACUCUUAUGACCAGUUGCGGAACCCUUCAAAUUAUGAGUUUGAUGACAGCCAAUCAAGUGGCUACGGCCUACAGAAACAUGACAUGCAUGAAUGGGGUAGGCUGGCCAGAAAUCAAAGAACCCAGUACUUGCAAAGUGAGGGAGUGCAAAGAUUCAGUGAUGAGUUAUUUAACAGGCGACGUGAUCCCUGGUAUUGUGAAAGGCGGCGGAGCCUUAUUCAAUGCAGCCAUGAAACAUCAAUUUGUGAAGAGCGAGUGUCUCGACAUGAUGAAGACUUGUUCCAAUAUGACCCAAUAUUACGGAGUUGAGGGGCUGAGUUUAAUCUUCACCGUAUUCCAAUACGUUUACCCACAAAUUGAGCAGUUCCCAGGGCCAAUGGACGAGUGCCAAGAGAGGUUCUUCACUGAUGAGGUUGUGAAGUUUGUCAACUUUCAUGCCAGUUCAACCAAAGGGGUACAGAUUGUAGCUGCGGACCUUUGCACGAUGUUUGCCAACCUGAAGGGGUCCCUGUAUUUGGUGGCUAAAUGUCAGCCAUCCGUCAAACUCAGCUCACAGAUGCUGAUUGGAGCUUACAGUCAAUUAAUGACUGGCGUUUGCGAAAAGUCAACAGUUGAUUGCCUGAAGUCAACGUACAUGCAAUGUUUCAUCAAUCGAACAGAAGAGCUUACUAUUGCCUUCGCGUCAGGAAAGGGAACGAAAUCGAAAAUCUGCUUCAAUAACACGAAAGAAAACUUUAACAAGGAUCUUCAGGGAUGUCUGACCAACAGUCAGGGAUGUACUUCAGAAUCGGUGAAGGCUGUGUCAAAAUUAUAUCCAUCCCUCGUAGACGAAUUCUUUUCUCUCUGCGAUAAAAGUGAAAUACUUAAGUUGAAUGUGUUCUUCCAGUUGAUGCCGCUGCAGUUUGAGAUUGAAGAAUCCAAGGAAUGUUUGUUUGCCAAAUCAGUUGUUUGUCUGAAAUCGCUGAACAAGAACUUGAUCGAGGGGUUAACCGCUGGCUCCAGUGCCGCAAGCCAGACAUGCGCUGCCUAUGAAACAGCCAAAACGUGUGUGACGACAAUGUAUAAAAAGUGCAGCCCAGUCACCAGACUGAACCUGCUUGAAGCUCUCAUGAAGAAGCGUGUGGAGAUAAUCAAAGCAGUCCAAGUGUGCUCCUUCACGGAGACCGCAACAUGUACCACCGGGUAUCAGAACAUUAGUACAGCUUUCAAUAUUGCUACCAAAGCGAUUAAUGCGGGGACAUAUGAUUGCAAAAAACUAACGGCCCUCAAAACAUCUGUCACAUCUUUCAUCUCCGCUAGUGGCUGCUACGAAUUGAUGAACCUAUACGUCAAGGCCGGAUUUGAUACCAUUGAAUACUUCCUCAGGGACAGAUGCUCUGCUUGUGCCACAACCGAUGCUUUGAAAAAUUAUAUCAACUACCAAAAUGCCUUCCUGGACGGCGUUAUGAACCUCUCGGACUACGCAACGAGCGGUAUUUGCACCGGAAGGAUGUCUCUAGUCGUUUACCAAAGCACCUUAGGCGAUAUUUCCGAAAAUUGCGAUAAUGGAGGGGCAAGAUUAACAGCCAUCUCUAAAAUGACCAGCAUGUAUCAAGAACAAUUUUGCAAAAAGCGAGAUUACACCUGGUUGAUACCUGAAACAGAAACAUGCAAAAUCGAUGUUGUUCAAGCUUGUUUCGCAUCCUACAAAAAGGUGUACCUCGUUAAGCUCGCUGCAGGCAAUGAACAAUCGGUCAAAGAAGUGUGCACAUUAUACCAUCAGUUGUCCGCGUGUGUCAUCGCCGCACUUAAAACCUGCAAUGGACAGACGCAGACUCGAUUUCUGACAGGCCUCGCUUACCUCCGUAGCAUGCUCGUAGUUAUGUGUGAGCUGAAGCCAGAGGAGAAAGAAUGCAAUCUGGUGAAAGCAUACGAGUGUUUGAGUGAAUUUCGGACAAAUUUCAUGAUGUUUAGAAACCUUGUCGUUGGGGGGAAGUCGCCCAAAGCCCUGGCAGUCUGCGGGUCAGCAAAGAUUACGAAGACCUGCAUUGAGAAGAACACACUAAAAUGCGGCGACAAGGAAACCUCCAUGGUUAUGUUUUACAAGAGGUCAUUCGAAUUGUUCAGCUUUGCGAUCAAGAAAGAAUGCGAUGUCUUAAUCCCAAAACAAUGUGAUUUGUCGGAGUCCUUCAACUGCCUGGUGUCAUAUGCCGAGAACGUCACAGAAACUCUGACCAUGGUAGACAGGAGGAAUGCUUUCCUUUGCACUACAAAUGUCAAAGAGAAGGUGACGGAAUGCGCUGCUAGCUCGACCCUUGACUGCGGUGAAAGGUCCAAAUCGUUUAUUGAGACGGUGACGGGCUUAGAGAAGAGCACAAAACAAGUGUGCAAUGAGCUUGUUUGUCGACAAGAUGGUGCAAAAGCCAACAUUCUCUUCUUGCUGGAUGCGUCUGGCAGUGUAAACGCGAAAGACAAUAAAAACUUCUAUAAAUGCAAGAUGUUCGUCAAAAACUUGGUUAAAAAGUUAGAGAUUGGCGAAUACCAGAUUCGGGUUGCUGCCUCGACCUAUGCCUCCGCAGUAGUUAAUGUAUUCGGCUUCAACAGGUACUAUGAAAAGAAAGAGGUGCUAGAGGCAGUAGGAAAUAUCAUCUACACGGAAGGAGGCACCUACACUCACCUUGCACUGGAUAAUGCCGCUACAGCUAUAACAAAUAUACAAAAGCAGAGGGGUGAUAUACCUUCAAUCGUCAUCGUUAUGACUGAUGGAAAAUCGAUAACGCCGAAGAAAACCCUGAAAGCAGCUGAAGCACUGAAGAAGAAGGCCACCGUCUACUCCAUUGGUAUUGGGGACAGUCUGCGACCAGAAGAAGUCAAGGCUAUGGCCAGCAAUGACACUAACCUCUAUACAUUGGAAAACUUUGACAAACUAGAUGAUAUCGUAUCGUCAUUAUCCCAGAGCAUCACUUGCGAGGGUUUGAAAAAAACUCCUGGUGAUGAAGAUCCUACCACUUGUAAACUAACAGAAGCAAAGCAGUGUCUGCUUUCAUUCGAAAAGGAGUUGUUUGAUGGAUUCGCCAAGGAUGGAGAGAAUGUGCUGAAAGUUACUUGUCUCAACUACACAAAGACAAUGGAGUGUUUGAAGUUGGCUCUGCUGACUUGCACCGGGCCAACACAGUUCCGUAUGGUUGAAGCUUUCUACCUUCAGAUCAAAAGCAGCAUGGAAAUUUGUAAGGAAUUCCUACCGAAGCCAAAAGACACGUGCAAAGUAAAAGAGGCAAUGGAGUGCUUCAGUGAACUGCAGAUGACUAUCGCUAAGGUCAAUGGAGCUUACGAAAAAGUCUGUGUUGAAAUUAACGAGAAACAAAACUGCGUCUAUGACCGCAUUGCCGCCUGCACCGACUUUGAGACAUAUUUAUGGGUAUCUAGAAUCAAUGCUGAAGUCUACCGCGUCAAGAAAAGCAAGAAAUGUGAAGGGAAGAUUUUGCCGCCGAAGGCUACUGGAAAAGAAUGCGACGACUCUGAGGCUACCAAGUGUAUGUUUGAGUUCGAGGAACAGGCUAUGCAAGCUGCCUACUCGAAUUACUUUGGGCGGGCUUGUCUGAAACUGGUGGAAUUGAAGGAAUGCAUUUUGGGUAGGUCUCCAGAGUGCACACCCGAACAGACUGCCGCAAGAAUAAUCCGCUUCAAAAUCAAAUAUGCGCUGGUAUCACCGAAAUGCCUUUCCACAGCGGAAAGUGAUGAAUGCAAGUUCAAAGAAAUUCAGGAGAAGAUGGAAGAUUUCGCAGAAGACAUGCUUGAACACCUGAUGGUGAAGAUGACGGCAGAUAAGAAGCCUAUUUGCAAAGACCUCCAGGAGAUUAUGACAUAUACCGUGGUCAACAUGAAGAAAUGUUCCCUUGAAGUUGGGAGCCGGAUAGAUAAAAUGGCCCAAAUGCUGAUUAACCAGCUGAAGGUGACAUGCCCGAAUAUCGUAUAUGGGCCAGUUGUUAGGUCAGCUUGUGACAUCAUCUCCGUCAAGAAGACACUCCAAGGUUUCAAUGCAACCGUUUUCAGAAAUAUGGCUACUAAAAACCUUAAAUACUGUGCCGAACAGCCCCGAGCUAAGAUUCUGAUCGAAAACGGAUUGAAGAACUGUCCUGCUGACGAUGUCACUGAAGUCAAUACAGCCUGGAAAAUGGUUGUCGACAAGAUUGGCAUGAGUUGUACCAAGAGAUUUGAUGUCAACCCUGGAUCGAUAACCAGGAUCACUUUGGUUGAAGGGGAGACCAGGCUUUUGAAGUAUAAAUUCAUCGGCUGCAAGAGUACUAUAUGUCAAGGACAAAAUAACUGCCAAGUCAAGAUUUUUUACACGCUCACCAAUCUCAGAGGCAAUGCCAAGUGUAAAUCAGAUGGAAACUAUCUUGUUCAAGGAGCCUUUAGUGGGACUAACUGUGGCUUCGAACUCACUGACCAAAACUGUGGCGACGAAUUUAACUUGGUCCUUCGAAGUCGUGUAUUCUAUGUUGAUCAGGAAACACAGAUAAGAGAUGUGAUAUUCUAUUAUCAAAUGACCAUUAAUGGUGUCGUGGUCACCUACAAGAUGCUGGACACGAAAAUACAGGUUACAUUCGAACAUAAGAAGGAGUUGGAAUGUAAAGUCUGGGGAGACCCACACAUUAUUCCUCACGCUAAAAAUCGAAAGAGUAGGAGAGUAUACAAUAUCUUUAAGGCAGGAUUCUUCACUUUACUCAAGUAUAAGGCCUCUACCAAAAUAACUGGAAGAAAUAUUGAGGCCAUCUUCCAGCCCUGUACAGCAAGGGCAGUCUCGUGUAUGUGUGCAUUAUACAUCCAAUGCGGCGGAGGUGUAAUCAAAUUUGGUGAAUGUCGAAGGACAGUGGCGAAGAAAGGUCCCAAAUGCACAAAAAAAUCGAGAAAGGGCUUCUCGAAGCCAAACUGUGACAAAAAGCCGAAAAAUAGGCCCUUCAUGGAGGUGGAUCGGAUGUAUAACGGAAAUAUUGAUCAAUGCACGGUCAUCAAAAUUGAUGAUUACCAGUAUGUGGUUUACCAACCACAUGGCAGAAGGAUUGAUGUCCGCAUGACACUGCCGAAAACUAUGAGGGUUGUUAAGACUGUCAUUUAUGCUCUUCCAAAGGACAAUACAGAAACUGAAGGCGUUUGCCGCGCUACGAAGACAACUUGGAAACAAUUCAGUAUAUCCAAUUGGAAUUCGUUUUUGGGGUCUGAAAAUUUGGCAAAAUACAAUCUUCCUCCAACCCCACCAAUGUGCCUGUGCACAGCCACCGGCGAGGUGAAAACGAACUUGAAGAUAAACGAGGAUUGUGAUGGUCCCCUGUUAAACAAGGAUUGUAACUACAACAAGCAAAGCCGUACGGAUAUAACAAAGGCGUUUUGGUCGUCGGCAAGGAGGGUGGAUGAUACGCCAAAUAGAAGGAAGAGAGCCGUGGCCGCUAACCCCUUCGCUAUAGAUCCGAAUGCAGUACCAAAGAACAUCACUUGGGGGGAUCCAGGUCGCAAGUUCACGGAAAAGACAGCAACUGACGCGUGUAAUAAAGCGUAUGACGACUACAUGUCCGGGGCACUAAGGAUAUGUCUCGCUCAUACCAAGCAGGAUUUCACCAACACCCUGGAUCAAUGCGUGAUAGAUGUCAAGAUGACCGAUACUGACGCAUUCUGUGAGCCAAGUGCCGGCGAGUUAUGGAAAAGUUGCAACAGCAUCCGAUCAGCCGACACAACCUACAUGAACAGCCCAAGUGGACAGGCCCUCGCCGCCAAACUGGCAACUCUUAGCUGCCCAAACAGCUGUAGUGGUAGUAGCAAUGGAAAAUGUGUUGCUGGUGUCUGUGAGUGUGUCAUAAAAUGGAAAGGCCAGGCCUGUGACGUCAGUAUGAGUGACCCACCCAGCAUAAUAUCAGUGGGUAUCAAUGGUGGUGUCUGUGACCCAGCCUUCGCCAACUGCACCAUUGUGAUGAUAGGGGCCGCCAAUGUAUAUGCCAAUCCUCUUUUGACGUGUCACUACAUGGAGCAGAAGUAUAAUGAGUCCGCCAGGACAGAUGUAGGUACCACAGGCACUCGCCGUGGUACCUUGGUGGCUGGAAAUGUCAAGUGCGAGCUACCCAAGGCUGCCCCCUAUUUGGUUGCACUCAGUAAUGAUGGCGUGACGACCAGCUCUGCCUACAACUAUCUUGUUUACAGCCCCAAGUGUGAAACAUGCAACAUAACCACAGGAACAUGCAAGCCCGUGCCCAAGCCGAUGUGCCGCGUGAAUGGCGUUUGUUACCUGGAAGGUGAGAAGCUUAAAGGGAAUGACUGCUUCUACUGUAACUUAAAGGAAAGCACAACGAAACUGAGUCUCAAUAAAUCUAACAGUAAGUGCGGCGGUACCCCCACCAAGAUGGAAGGCCUUGAUACCACCGACAUCAUCAUCAUUGCGGUGAUAUCUGCAUGCGUUGUGGUAGGAUUGGCAGUCUUCCUCAUCUACAAGUUUAUUGCAAAACCGAAAAUGGAUGCCAAGGAAAAGGAAAAGCAACUGGAGAAAGAACGAACUGAAACUGGUCGAACUGGCCAAGAACCACCACAGCCGCAGCAGCCAAGAUAUGCUCAGCCGCCACAAGGAAGUCAGCAAAAGUACAUGGAAGAAAUGCCUGCGGGAACAUCGGGUUAAAUGAUGUGGCUCUCAACCAAUACUGCUGUCUGAUUUGAAAUUUACAAAUAAACUGUUUUGUUGGCAUUUCAGAACAGGCUUACAAUAUCAAACAAUAUCUCGCGAUUCCAAAUUCAAAUCAAAAUGUGAGAAUAAUCAGAUGCUAAACUUUAAGUUUUCCUUCCUGUUAAACUAUUAAGCCGAAAGAGUUUAUAGUAUAAAAUUAUAAGAAGUUAUUUUGUACACUUUUGACAGUAAAUUUCCUCCAAAAAAGCAGAUUUUGAACUUAUACCAACUCAGGUUAUGUUUCUGUACUACAUACGGGUCCUGGGGAAAGUAGGCACCAGUCUUAUACCAUUACGGUAGUUUUAGUAACUACUUAAAGCUGACAUGCCAUGCAAACGCCCGACCACCAAACGACCAACUGCACUUGAAACAUGAAACAUGUGCUCCGUUGGUGAAUACAAUAGCGCCACUGCGGCCUGUUGGUAGUCUAUCAUAUCUGCUGAGGGCGUUUGAAACAUGGCUGACCGAUCGUUCAAAACAUGGCCGAUGGGCGUUAGGGUUUUUAUGCAUGAAUGUCAGCUUUAAUGAUAACAUGUGGUAGGGCCUACUAUAUACAUGAAAAGCACCAAAAAUCGGAGUUACUUUGCCCCUUCGUGGAAUCUUAUGUCAAGGGCAGUUAGUUACUCAGAUGUAGAUGCGUAUUUUUACUAGUAUGUACUCUGUUUUAACUUUUAUAAUAUCUGUUGAGAUCUUCAUUUCUCCGAUUGUCUUCCUACUUGUCAAAGGUUAAUGUGAUGUGACAAUGCAUUACCAGUUCAUGGUUUACAUGUAUGCUGGGGUAAGGCAACCCAUUUCACAUCGGUUAUGUUGCGGCUCCCAGUUGCUACAUGUGGUGCCCCGUACGCGGUGCGUAACUUUUGGUGACCAUGCAUUUUGCUCGGCUGCCCCCAACCUGUGGAAUAGUCUUCCAAGUACUGUAAGAACAACAGGAAACAUCGGCCAAUUUAAGACACUACUUAAGUGUCUACUGAUCUUGUGAAUAUAAAAAGCGAGUACCAUAUUUUAUGUAGCAUGCACUAUACAUGUAUAUCACUUAAAUAAUGUAGAAAAUAUUUAGCAGUUCCUUUCUAGAGUCCAUCAUCAUCUGAUUGAAACAGAAAUCGACUUAAACUGGUUUUAAGCGAAUACCACCAAGAUUCGCACGGAAAAAACUACGACCUGCACAAUCAUCAUAUAAUAUAGAAGUUGCACUCGACGUAUUUUGUAGCACCAGGUUAUUAAGAUUAUAUUCGAUGAUAUUUUCAUUUCUUAAGUUAAAAUGACAAAUUUACCAUCUUCCAGAAUCAUGCCACUGCGUUCCAAGGCAUUCUAUCCCGAAAACACGGUUGCAUGUUAAUCCAGUAGUUUCGGAUCAGUUUAUAUUGUUGUGACUUAUCGCUUUGGUGGCGUGAAUCUUGUCAACACCCUGAUAAUCUCUAUACAUGUAUAUGUUCCAAGUGAUACCUUCAUGUAAAUAUCAAACAUUAAGAUAAAUAAAUAUUACACCAGACGACACGAAAUAGAUUAAAAUGUAAAGGGUAAAAUCUCUAUGUAUUUGGUAGACAUGGAAUAACGGAUCUAUUUCUUUUCCUCUCUUUAAGUGCCAUAAUUUUUUCUAGCGUUAAUCAGCAUCUGUCAUGGGCUAGUUUGUUCAAAGCCACAUAAGCUUUAAGGCAUGCGUUUAGUCUUAAUUGGGUCAAUUGAUGAUACCUUUUUUUGUGAUACUGAACGUAUGAAAAACGUCGAUUUAAUUAUUUUGAACAAACGGGCCCAGGUUGUUUAGACUCGAUCUCGUUCUGUUAUAUAUUUAUGUAUAAAUCGUUGUUAUAUGCUAUUUUGAUAAAUUUAUAUUUUAUAUUUUGUCAAAAAUGUGUCUAUUGUUUACACGUUUUAUAUUUUGAGAUGCUUUCUGUAAAAUUUUGUUUAAAUAAUUACCCCGAUGUCGUCGUUGUAGUCGAA